CAGGGGAGGGGCAUGGAAGAGCAACUUGUGGAACGUACCCCCCCAACCAACCCCACGCCACACAGAUCCCAGCACGCUCCAACGGUCCAACAACUUUUAUCAAUUCAUUCUCAAAAGUUCGACGGGCGGAACAAACCAGCGGGACUAGCGGGUUGAGACUGGCUUUUGGAACGCACAGAACUUACAUAUACAGCACUUACGCUGCUUUUACCGCCCGUACAUACAGUAACUAUUAGAGGAAGAGGACAGCCACCAGCUAUAGCAGCAGCCGCCACCGGCGUCCAUUUCACAGCCGGAGCUACAGCGUUCAUAUAACAGUGACCCAAUUGGGAUAGUUCCCACGCAGUUGCACCUCAUAGCCUUGCUUGCCAUCACUGCAACAGACUCACUUUCCUCACAGCGGACUCGGGGAGGCUCCGCCUGACAUCACACCGGAGAUAGAUACCGUUCGCGAUGGCACACCGGCCACUCACCCCUGCCGUGCGGCUUGCCCCGCAUAUUGAGACCGCCCGCGUAGGCUCGUACGAAAAGUCUGACGAGGACGGCAAAAUAUGGUUCAAACUCCAAAUCAUACCCGCAAAUGUCACUUCCUCUCGUUGGGCAGCUACCAGCGCAAAGCAAGCUAGCCCUUUUCACCGCUCACCACUGGAUAUCCCGCUCUCCCCACUUUCUCCUCCUGGGACUCCCGGAAGCACACUAGGGAGAGUUUUAGCUCGCCCACCGCCGUAUGUGGUCAGGCGGCGGUAUGAGCACUUUGUGGAGUUCCACAACGCAUUUAUGGCCCUAGUGAAGAAGAACCCAGAGCAAUUGGCUCCUGGACAGGCUUUGCCGCGGCUGCCGAAAAGCAAGAUUUUCGUGACCAGGGCGGUGUGUGAGGAGAGAGUUGUGAGGUUGGACCAGUAUGUGAGGGAGCUCUUUACACUGUCGCCAUGGGUGACGAGGAAUAUCCUGUUGGCGGAGUUUUUCGGGGAAUGGCCCAUGGACGCAAGCUCGGACGGACCAGCUGUUGUGGAGAUCAAGGAGCCGGAGCUUGAAAAGACCGAUUCCUAUUUCCCAAAGCGUUCCCUCAGCAGAAAGUCGAGCAACAAGUCCGAUCGGAACAAGCACAAGAGCAACUCUACAACAGACAACGAGGAUGUUGCAUUGGAUGAGGACUGGCUAAAACCGAUUGAAGUGAAACGUCAAUCCCGGCUGCUCACCGACUUCAUGUCGGGCCGCUCCGCACCCGCUUCAAUGCAUAUGAGGACACCGAGUAGAGGUCGAACGGAUGCGAUCCCUGAGGAUGGGGAGACUCCAGUCGGCCCGCUCCGGAGACGACCGUCCUUACCACAGAACCAUCUGAACCUCAAUGACAUAUCCAUACCAUCCUCAAAACUCUCCGUCAUCCUCCCUGCAGGCAUCCCGUCCUUGCCACGCACACCAUCGAUCCCGGUCAGGAGAGAUUCGCACAAAUGGGCUUCAGGGUCGAAGCCGUCCUUACCGAUCCGAGUCGGCACUCUGGAGCGUACGAUCGUAGCGCUGUCCGCCACCAUCUUGACGCAGAACAGCCCGUCAGACGAGGAACUGUACAAAUUGAAAUCUGCGCCGCUUCUUUCGACCGAGAAGGAAGACCAACAGCUGCAAUCACCUAUUAGCAGUGAUGGGCCUGGCAGUGGUAGAAGCACACCGGCACGGUCGCCGAGUCAGAGGAAAAGGUCUAGUCCAUUCAGGGAUCUUGCAGAGAGCAAACCAUCUCUGACGAGGAAAAGCACAGAGGAAAGGAGAGCGAUUUUCUCGUUGCGGAGUAGUGGCAGUAGCGACCCGAAGUCACCCGCUCCGGACUCUCCGGGCCACUCGUCAACGUCGAGCCCACGGUCUUCGACCUCAUCGUCGUCUCCUUCGCGCUUGGAGCCGCCAAUGAGGCGAGCUCUGGGUCCCCGCGAGAUGCCGUCACCACCUGCAGACUUUGUGCAUCCGAACGUCAAAGAAGCGAUGGCGGCCACCAAAGAGUCGUUAAAGUCGCGGUCCAGCCAGGACAGCACUCGAUCUGGGAAAAUCUCUCGAAAGUCGAGCCCGUUGAGCUUCUUCAAGCGUAAUAAAAGCACGCCCGACCUGGAGAUCAUGACUCAUGAUACUGAAGAAGUACCCGAGAUGCCACUGCGGUCUAGGCUGACAGUCAGUAAAGAUGCGUCGCCUACCACUACGACGUUUGAUAUAGGCCCGCUGAAGAGGUCGAAGAGCAAAGAGCGUCUCAGUCCUCGACCGCUGUUGGAUUACUUUGGAUCUACGACUCUUCAGCGCGCAAACACGGCCCCGACGGCAAAUGUGACGGUGGACACUGCCGCUGCCAACCUCGCUGUUAGCAAUGCCGAGGAGGAAAGUGACACUGUCGAUGCAUUGAACAAGGAUACGUCUGCUGUGCCCGCGAGCCCGGAGACUAUGAGUGCAAAGUCGCUAUUGAAGAAAGCAAGUGGCGAACUGGGAUUGCAUCGCGUACCGUCGUUACUCUCGCGGACGAGGACGCAGAUAGGCAAACGUGGAAAACCAAUCGCGCCUUUCGACCCGAACGACCCUUCCAUCCCGCCUUGGAACCGUCCUCUAGCCACCGCAGCUGGUGCCGAUGGGGGCCUGAAGCGGACGGAUAGUUUCGUGAAGAACGGGAUUAUUUACACUGAUACCACUGCCGCGACACCGCCGGUUGCGCCCGCCGCCGGACCUGCUCCGUUCUCGGCCCCACCACGGUCGAACUCACCUCUUCGAUCAAGCUCUCCCAUGCGAAACGCCGCUGGCAAAGAAGUGCGCUACACUCAACCACCCAAUUUGAUGCGAGCACGCACCAUGAACGCAAAGCUCGACGUGCGCCGGUCCCCAUCACCCUUCACAUCGAUGUCACGCGGCCCACGCAGCGCAGGCCCGCUUGAGAACACACUCGCGCGGUCCUUCUCCAUGCGACACCGCAAUGCCUCCCAGGACGACUCCCUCAAACAGCCGGGACCAGGGAGGUUCUCCACGCGGCCGGGCAUGCCGCACUCCGCCUCCUCAUCAGCCCUCACGACGCUAAACACCCCGUCAUCACCCCGCUCAUCCUCACCUUUCGGCAACAAAAGCAACAAAGCGGUCGCCCUCCGCCGCUCGCACACGAUCACAUCAACCCCGGAUAGCGUCCUCAAACACUUCGUGCAUGUGAAAGCGCAGCAUGACGGUGUCACGAUCUUGCUGAAAGUGAGCAGGACGACUAGCUUGAAGGUCGUGUGUAACAGGUUGCAGGACAAGUUCUUCGGCGAGGGGAAGGGCGAGACUGAACGAAAGAUUUUGGGACUGACGUACCGUGAUGAGGAGGGGAGUACGAUUGAUGUGAUGGAUGAGGAGGAUUGGGCGGUUGUGUGUUUGAUUGCCGAUGGGAAGAUUGUGGUUGGGAUUAAGCUGGAGCAGGGUGCCGAUGUUGCGACGCCGGACCGAUGAUCAUUCGAAACGGCGAUAUCGACGCACAUCCGGCAUACGCGAUGAUACCUCACGGACUGGACGACUUUUUACCUCAUCUAACCUGUUUUUGAAUGAUCUACCUCCUUUUGGCUUUGCUCUACCCGGAAACGAAAACACGGCGUAUUUCUUGUUGCUGUAUCAAUCGGCGUAUUCACCCCUGGCCUUUUACUGUUUUGGCAUUUGGACUGUUAUUUAUUUCAUGGGGUUAGUUGGGGUGUCCGUUUAGAUAGUAAGCAGUCGAUGGGGAUCGGAAGAUGGAGAUAUGUGUGGGAGGUUCUAUGGUGUAUAUGUAUGUGUUGUUGGUCGUUGGAUGGGAAUGUAUUAAGUUUCUGCGGCAGGCUCGUUCCCAAC